UUUCCAUUGCCAAGUUUUGGAAUUUACGAGUAACAUCUCUCCCAGAUUCCAUAGAGUGGAGUAUAAUGGACGUGAAACAUACAUUUCUAAUUGCACUUGCAAUUGUGCUGUUAUGCGAGAAAGCACAAUCAAGAAAAACUCGACUGGAGAGGACCAUUGCUUCGUAUUAUAGGAGAGCGAAAACGUGUAGUGGAGGAAAUCUGAUAAAGAUUUAUACAGACAUGUGUCAAAUUGUAAACGGAAAGAAGCAGUGUAAGGUUUACUGCAAUGGCAGAACCGACUUGGACCAAAACACAAGAUUUGACAUCGUGAAGUGGAAUGGUAAGAAGUGCAUUCAAAAAAGAGUCGGACUCAUCACAUACUCGUUGAAAGUCAUCAAUGAGACGAACGUAGUUUUUGAGGAUCAGUCAGCGUGCAACGCAUCAACCAGCAAUGAGUUCUUGUUUAAAGAGGAGAAAGAUAUAUUGACAAAUACCUUUACAUACAAAUACAUCUCAAGCACCAAUCAAGCGAUGUAUCUCGGAGUUAAUCAUAACUGUACUGAUAAGAACUUAUAUGUUUAUUCCACAAAUGUAACAGACAGGCGAUGUUACAUGAAUAGAGAAAAGAUUAGAAAGCUUUAAAAUUCUUUUUGUUUUCUGACAGUUGUUAAUUAUUUAAGACAAUGGCCCGCUUGACUAAGUUUGUGAAUUCCCUGAAUGUUUCGU